AGAUACCCUUUGGCCCUUUCUCCCUCUGAAAACUUGGAAAGAAGUAUAGAACUCAAAAACCCAACCCUAAACCCUCUUCGAUACCCAGCCACCAUCCCACUUUCAUCGCCGAACCCUUGCCGCCGGGUGGAACUGCCGUUGUCGCCAUCACUUCUCAUUCUUCCGUCGCCGCCACUUCCCUUCCUCCCUCGCCGCCGUGGCAUUAUUCUUUACAAUAAACGGUACCUGAAGCCUGCAGUGCGAUGAGUGAAUCCAUGUUUAUGGCUGCUGCGUUAAACCCUCCCAAAACCCCCUUCAAAAUCAACCUCACACCCGUUCUUCCGCCUCCCCCAACCUCCUCCGCACUCACUUUCAAACCAAACAACAACUUCCCCACACUCUCCGCCGCCGCACAACCACAACAACAAGAACACGCCGCUCUGCUCGACACUCUUCGCAACAGCACACGCAAGAACCAAGUGCUCCAAUCCAUCAGAACCACCUCCCCCUUCAACUGCCUCUCCGAAACAAAUCUUCACCAUACGGUUCUCGCCCUCACCUCCAAAACCAGGGGAAAGGUUAGAGACAUAUAUGAUAGUGGAGAGUACCUUGUUUUGGUUACUACUGAUCGCCAGAGUGCAUUUGAUAGAAUCCUUGCUUCAAUUCCCUUCAAGGGACAGGUUCUUAACCAGACAAGCUUGUGGUGGUUUGAGAGAACCCAGCAUAUAACUGCUAAUGCCGUUGUGUCCACUCCUGAUCCUAAUGUUACCAUAGCAAAGAAAUGUUCUGUUUUCCCUGUUGAGUUUGUUGGUGAGUAUUUUGUUAGUUGGUAUUUCGGAUUGGUGCUUGCAUACACAUUUUAUCAAAUGAUUUCAAUGGCUAUGAAUUGGCAUAUAUUGGUAUAGGUUGUGGAGGAGGAGUUAGUUUGCUGGAAAUGAUAGCUUGAAAAGUACGAUAGAAAUAGAAUAUAUUCAAUUCUGUAUUCUAUAGACCCCUUUCUGAGGAUAUAUUUAAAACUUACAAGCAGCAGAAAUUCUACCAAGAAGUGUUUUUUUAAAUAAAAGAAAUUAUAUAAAUAAAGCUUAAAACCAAAAGACAGAUGAACAUUUAACUCUCAUAGAAAUCAUGCUUGGUCUUUGCCAAUUGCGCCAUGUAUUUAACUUGUAUACUUGUCAACCAAACCGAUGUCUUUGGCACACAUUGUUACUGAAUAAUGAAUGAUGAAUAUUUCAUUAACUUAUGUCACAUUGCUCUGGAUCUUUCUUUCUUCUUAUACUCUCUCUCUUCACAUGAAGUCUCAGGGAAUAUUGCUCUGCCUCUUUGCUUGGUAAUAUGACUAUGAUCAAUCAUCUUUGUAGUUUAGGGAAUUUUUUUAUCUUAAUUUUUAAGGUUAAAUAGGCAUAUUUUGAAGGAUAGCAAAGCCAUCCUUCUUUUUCGGGUAUUGAUAUCAAAGUCAUCUUUAUCCAAUUAGUUUUCCUUUUGGAUUAACAAAUUAAUUGAGAAGACAAAAAGAUGG